GCUUGAAAGAGAGAGGAAUUUGUUUAGAGAAAUUUGGACCAAGAGGGAGGCCGUAAUGUGACCAUGUCGCUGCAGAGUCGUACUGGUCACACCAACAUGUCUGCAGUGGUAGGGUUCCUGGUGUUCCAACAGUUCUGGUACUGGUUCCCGUUGACCCACUUCUUGGCCCUGGCCUUCACCCCUACUGCCAUCAUUGGACUGAACAAAGACCUUAAGAUGCCCAAGUGCCAGUUCCGCAGUAAUGCCAAGCCAUCAACCUACGCCUACCCUCCGCCACUAGAGGAGAAGAAAGACAAGAAGGGGGAGAAAGUCGAGACAGCCGUACUCAGUAUCACAGCCAAACAGAAGAAGAAAGAAGCUGAUAAGAAGAAAGAAGAAGGAGGGGAGAAAAUGGAGGUGGAUGAAGAAAAGACAGAUGAAGCUGAGAAGAAAGAAGACAAGAAGGAAGUGAAGAAAGAAAAAGAAGAAAAGAAAGAGGAAGCUGAAGAGAAAGAAAAGGAAGAAAAAAAGAAAGAAGAGCCAGCCUUUGAAAUGUUGGACAACCCAGCCAGAGUGAUGAGAGCUCAGUUGCGAGUUGUCUCCCUACCAGAAGGUUCCAAAUACAAGGGUUUGAAAGAUGUGUCUAAUGGCGGCAUCAUCAUGUUAAGUAACAGCAAGCCUGGAGAAGAUGAAGAACUUAUAGAACAUGUGGCUGCUGGAGGGCCCAAGGUGGAGGAAGAGAGUGAACCAGAACCACCGGAGCCAUUUGAGUGGCCUGAAGACAUCUGAAUUACCCAUCUGGAUUAUCUAGAUCACCAAUAUGGAUUAAUGAGAAACUAAAUGUAAAUUAAUGUGAAUUUUAAUGUGACUAUCUCUCUGGUGGAGGGCUAUACUGAUGAAGAUUUGGACUCAAGUUUUAAAAGCGACAUGAAAUAGAGAUUGGCAAUGUGGAUAGGAAUAAAACUGAAUUUUUUUUCUUGGUGUAAUUGAUGUAUAUGAAUAUUGACACCUAAGAAUUUUCUCAGUUAAGAUGUUCAAAUGAUCAGAUGUAGAUGCCAUGAAGCUGAAAAGAAAAGGAACAAGAAAGCUACGACUUUGAUAUGAAUAGGGUUAUGAUGUGGUGGAUGGAAAACAUGUUAGGUAUAGUUACCUCUGUCAUUUAUAGAAAACAUGAUUUUUUCCAUUUGAAAAGUUAUUACUGUUUGUAAACCCAAUACUCUAUAACGUACUGUGUCAAUGAAUAAAUAAAAAAUUUGUGUGAGUUCA